AUGGGUAACAUCAGUUACUACCUGCUGGAGAGCUGGUGCGGAAGAUGCACGGGGCCACCCAGUGACUGUGGGAGAGCUGGUCACAGCCCCGUGAACGGGAGCCCAGCGCUGGGGGUAAAUCCUGCCAAACUGGACCCCUCCAUUCCCAGCCAGGCCUCUGCUGCCCCUCUGUCCCACCACCGCCCCAGCCUGGUGUCCAGAACCAGCUUCACCAUUGGACAUGAAGACCUGUACCUGGCAGAACAUGUCAACACCUUUCAGGCGCAGCUCCUCAAGAGGGAAUUCCGGGAUGUGGGAACGAUUACUGACGUGUGUUACAGUGAGAACGUCCCCGAGGUGGAGAUCUUCAGCCUGUUGGAGGAGGGAGUGCCAAGGUACACACUCAGGGCCGACGCCGUCUAUGGUUACAGCCACGACGAUUGGCUUCACACCCCGCUCGUGAGCGAAAACCUCAACAUUUGCCUCACCCCGCAGCAGAUCGAGGAGACACUCAAAUAUUUCCUUCUCUGUGCAGAGAGGGUAGGCCAGGUGACCAAGACAUACCACGACAUCGAGGCUGUCACACACUUACUGGAAGAGAAGGAGCGCGACUUGGAGCUGGCUGCUCGCAUUGGGCAAUCUCUCCUCAAACAGAACCGGGAGCUGACAGACAGCAACGAAUACCUGGAAGAGCAGCUGCAGCGAACUACGGAGGAGGUUGCCCAGCUGAAACACGAAGUGAGCAUGAGGGAUGAUCUGUUGCAACUCUACACCAACUCAACAGAGGAGAGUGAACCCAGUUCCUCCUGUGGCACCCCACUGAGGCGGAAUGAAUCCUCGGUCUCCCUGCAGAGUUACCUGCACCUGGAGAUGCUGCAGCAGAAACUACGGAACCUGGAGAGCGAGAACCACAGACUGAAACACAAGGCCUUGCAGUUAUCAACAGAAACCCUGGAGUACGAGAACAAGGAGGAAGAGCUGGUGAUGAACUGUGUGAAGGAGCUUGGUGAAAGCAAUAACCAGCUGGCAAGUGUGUCUGAAGAGCUGGCGCGCAAGAUUGAGGAUUCUGCUCGGCAGCAGGAGGAGAUCAGUGUACUGUUGGCACAGGUCGUAGAGCUACAGCAGAAAUGCAGAGCAUGCACAACGGAGAACGAAGAGUUAACCCAGGAACUUGCAAUGUCAAGAGAGAGUCAGGAGAAACUGCAGACCGAGCUCAAGUACCUGCGGGAGAAGUACUUGCAGUGUGGUGAAAUGCUGCGGGAAGCUCAGGAUGAGAUGAAGAAUCUGCGGAAUCAGAGUGUUCCCAACAGCUGCAUCAACCGCUACCUUACUGUGCCCAUCUACCCCAUGGACUCGCUGGCUGCUGAGAUCGAGGGGACAAUGAGGAAGGGGUUUCACGUUGAUGGUACGGGAUCAGUGGAGAGCAGUAACUACCACCGGAGGGUCUUUGAGACGGUGCGGGCUGUGAACCAAGCGGUGAAAAUGAAGUCUCGCUCGCAGUCGCCACAGAACAUCCCGGGCUCCGGCCAGUUGUCCAGCGACCCCUCGGGAUCCUCCAGCCUCUUCACUACCCCUUGCACCAGCCUCCACGGAUCAAACUCGCCCAGCAGCCGGCAGGACGAUAGAUUCCAGUCACCGAACCCAGAUACAGACUCUGUUCCGGAUGAGGAUGUGGAGCGGAAACUGGGGACUCCGGGCACUCCGGGAUGUCGGGAUCUGGAGGCAGCAUUACAGAGAUUAUCCCUGCGCCAGGAGACCGCUCAGGACAGGACAAUCCUUGAGCAAGAGAGGGAACAGAAGCUGAAGGCUCUGAUCAGUGACGAACCUUUUUCCAGCGGCAUCCUCACUCCUGCAGAGAGUGUCUUGUCGACAGGAACCAACUACUCCGGGAGCUCUGGGCAGACUGCUUACUCAGGGCUAUCAGUGAGCUCGCGCCCCGAUAAACUGAAGAUUGUGAAGCCGCUGGAAGGCUCAGUCACUCUCCAUCAGUGGAAGCAACUGGCCCAGCCAAACCUCGGGGGGAUAUUGGAGCCACGUCCAGGGGUGCUCACCAAAGACUUUUGCCAGCUUGACACUGAUGUGGGUGAAGUUUACAACCUGAAUGAUUUUGAGGAAGAUGAAACAGAUUUCACCUUAUUCCAGCAUCUGACAGCACCUCUGCCCGAACAACCCCUAUCAGACUUCAACGGUGUUGCAUAUCGAUCGACUAACCGACUGCCGGAUACACAGUCCACCUACACCAUAACCACCUGCCGCAUCAUGCACCCCUCUGAACUCUCCUCUGUCACCAUGAGCUCCCAUCACACACCUAAACCCUCAUGCGGCAAUCUUGACAAAUUAAGGCCCACCUCAUCUGAUGAGAACUUGCAUAGACUGCGGCCCAUCUCAUCCUGUGGGAAUUUCAACAGAUUUCGUCCGAUUCCAUCCAGUGGGAGCACCGUGAGGUCCAACACCUUGGGGAGCACAGUGUCCAGCACCAGCUUCGAGGAGCUGAGAAUAGCCCACAGCGUGAGUCACCGCAGGCGAUGCUUAUCAGAGUCGGCCACUAACUUGAGGGAGCACACAACCACAAUGAGCACUUCACUUGGACUGGUCACACUGUUGAAGGAGCAUGGUAUAUCUGCUGCAGUGUAUGACCUGGUCAGCAGUACUGGUUUGGGUGCUCCCAGUAAUCACCAACAUCCCAAAGGAACCUUGCCUGAUUGCCAGCAUCCAGGGAUACAGUUGGACUGCCCCCCUACAUCCCCAUUUGAACUGAAAUACACUCACCCACCUCAACAACCCUUCCUCACUACGAGCCUGGCCAAGUCCAUGCUCAGAGGGAUGGGUCCCAUGGAAGACGGAAGGAGUGCAAGUGACCACAGCAGUGAAAGAAACAUUUUCAGCUUCAACCUUGUGGAGAAGCUGAAGCGACUUGGGUUGGACAAGGUGGUGGCCAGGGGCAGGGUCCACCUUGAGAACAAGAGGUUGAUGCAUCUCCCUCGAACACCCAGCACAUGAGCACUGGCACCAGGAACACUUUCCUUUCCCUAAUGAGGGUUCUCCAGCAAGACCCUGCACUUACUGAUAAGUUUGAAUGAUCCCUUCUGUAUCUGAACUGUACUUCCAGAAGACCUGUCCAGGAGCCAUACUGUUGCUCCCCACUUCCCAUCAGGCAGGUGAAGACGCGUUCCAUUCUACUUCAAGCUUCUGUGCUUAAGCAAACUGUUUUUAUUAAAUCCAAGAGCAAAUUGUCUGCUUAAUGUUAAAUAAUAAUCAGCAAUAACAAGGAUGAAAUGAGAAUUAUUACAUCAAGGCAACUGGUGUGUGUUAGCUGUUUUUUUAAAAAAAAGGCAAACUAUUGGCUGCUUUGUACGGUGGGAUUGUUGGUACUUUAGUGAUCAGCAAGGUACGAGAAUCGUCCUAUGGCACAUUUGCAUGACUCUUCACUCCAGCCUGCCGAUAACAUUCUUCCCUGCCAAUCCCGCCUUACUGUUGUCCUCUGUGGGGAUCUCCACUGGAUAUAUAUUCCAGGCAUUUUAUUCCUGUGUGUUUUAUUUAGAGAUCAUGGAGGCAAAGGGUCAAAGCUGACGGAUUUUGAUAUCAUUUGAUGUGCAGGUAUUUUAUCUCAAGCUCUGUGCCAGUGUCUGACUGAGCUGGUCUGGACUGGUCAACCAUCAGCCGGAGACCGUUGCUGCAAUCUAUUUCCUGAUUGUCGGGGCACUUGUGGAAUGAUGAGGAUUUUCGUGAUGUAGAAACGUUCUGUUUUAUUCAGCACUAAUGUUUCUCGGCCCAAACAAACCUAACAAAUUCUGUAAGCACUGUACCCCCCUCUGUCAGUGUCCCCCUCUGCUCUUUCCUUUCCACUUGGUAAUAAAGAGCAAGAGCAAUAGUGUGACCAGUAUCUCUGCCCAGGGUUAGGGUUGUGUGUGUGUGUGUGUGUGUGUGUGUUUGUAAAAGCAUGUUGUGUAAACAUGUAUGUGAGGCAUGUGUGCAAGUGUGAGCAUGUUGUCUGAACAUGUGUGUCUAUAUGUGUUUGUGAUAUGUUUGUUUGUCACUGUGUGUGUGCGUCUGUGUGGGUGAGAGGGAGAGAGAUCACAGGUAGGGUCCUUGGGCAUGGGACAAUGUGCUUUUCUUAUCCCUCAAGUCUUUGGGGGUGUUUUCUGUGGGACUGGGUGCAUUGCUACUCUGCAGGGGGACUUUGGACAUCUGCCACAUUCUAGGUUCGGUGCUUGGGUGGAAUACUGCCUGCUCCUGGAUUACCCACGUCUUAAACUGGGUGAUUAAUGACAGAGAAAGUUUUGAUGUCUCUACUUCAGUUCUGGUGGUUUUAACAUUGAGAAUUGCUCAAGUUUGGAGAAUUCCUUUGUUUCUUGUGUUUGUGUUUGGUUGUAAAUGUUAACCCUUAAUGUGCUGCAUUCCUAUUCAAAGAGCAUAGUGGAAUCCAGAAAACUACAAAUCAAAGUCCUUCUGUAAGUUUCGAACUGUGGAAACAAUUCAAGGGUCUUCUAAUAAAGAGUGAAGUAUGACUGGAAAGGCAGUGGGAUGAGGGAUGCUGGUCAUUUGGGAUGAUUAGCAUGUGCCUUCCAAAAUCCCCUUGUCUUAAAAUAUCUUUCUAUUUCAGUUUUGCAACAUUCCCCCCUCUCUAACUCCCAUCCCCGCCCCCACCCCAACCACCUCCUGUCUCUGCAGGUUUCAGGGGACAGAGCUCCAGGCCACCACAUGUUGUGUGUGUAAAUGAUUCCUGAUACCACCACUGUCACCAGUUCUGGGAUAAGGCUGGAUUGUUCACCCGAUUGUCAGAGGUGGGACUGGAGCCUCAGCUAGACUUUAUGGGGUUAACUUUUACAAUUCCUGACAUUGUUCUGAUUUUGAUCAAUCUGGAGUUUGGAUUUUUUGGGGUGUGUAGAAGUGGAGAGGAUAAGGGCAAUGUCUCCUGGGUCAUCCUGUGACCAAGUACCCAUGGGCAAACAGCAUGGAGCUGCAUCCUCAGCCUUUUGUGUGCCGCACUCUACCAUUGUGUUCCAGCAACUGCCUCGAGGGGCACACUCUGAUUCUGGCACCUCAUUCUUCCCUUGGGGCAGUGCUGGUUUCAGUCCCUGGUUUAUGUUCAUUAUAAAGUUCUGUCACAACUGUCGGUCCUCCACCAGGAAUGCACCAUGUAGAAUAAACUCAUUCCUUGAGCAGGAUGUGUGACCUGCAUAGUCCUUGGGGAUUGGCAACUUGUGUAUUUGCAGUUUUAGUGCAAAAGUGUAGCAAAUUUUGGGGAAUGUGGCUGCAUGUAAGUCUGUCCUAUUUGGAUCUAUUGAUAGGAUCAAUUGUUUCUUGCAAUCAGUCAGCUGUUCUGUGGAACACAGAGCAGCAACAUGUUGCCUGCUGUAUCAGACAGAAAAUCAAAAAGAGUUUAAUCCUGUAAAGCUUUGUAAUUUUUUUAAUUAAUAAAGGAAUAAGGAAACAGA